UCCUGGGAACAUGGAUGGGCCCUCCAGGUUCCUCUUUCCCAAUCUGUCCCAUGGGUUCACCUGGACAUCCUGAUGGGGAGUCACCCCCAGGCCCCCCCCAUUACAGAUUGCCUAGUCAAGGCCAGUCUGUAGGAGCUGGAUGUGCCAGCCAGCUGACAGGGGCGUUUGGAAGCUCGGCUUCCAGUAUAAAUAGCGCAGGUCAGCAUAGCUGGGGAUAAAAUUAGCCGCAGCCUCAGCCCUCCCAGCACCACUGCUUGCUUGGGGCCAUCCUCAGGAUCAAAGGCAGCAUGGAAGACACCGUUUCCACAAGCAGGGCAUCCACCAAAAUCACCAAGAAGACCUUCCUUGAAGCUCUGAAGGCCAAUGACUUUGGAAAGCUGAAGGCUCUUUUAGUGCAAAGGAAAAUUGAUGUGGAUACAGUGUUUGAAGUGGAGGAUGAGAACAUGGUCUUGGCAUCUUAUAAACAAGGGUACUGGCUGCCCAACUACAAGCUGAAAUCUUCCUGGGCCACUGGACUGCAUUUGUCCGUCCUGUUUGGUCACACCGAGAGCCUCUUGGUGCUGCUGGACCAUCAUGCUACCAUCAACUGUCGACCCAAUGGGAAGACGCCCCUCCAUGUUGCCUGUGAAGUGGCCAAUGUGGAGUGCGUCAAGAUUCUCUGUGACCAUGGGGCAAAGCUCAAUGCUUACUCCUUGAGCGGACACACGGCCUUACACCUGUGUACCAAAGAGAGCUCCAUUGUUUGUGCCAAGCAGCUGGUAUGGAGAGGCGCUAAUGUGAACAUGAAGACCAACAACGCGGACGAGGAGACGCCCCUGCACGCGGCGGUGCGCGGUGGUCUGCCCGAGCUGGCUGCCUUCUACGUGGCGCACGGAGCCCUGGUGGACAGUGUCAAUGCGCACCUCGAGACUCCCCUGGCGCUGGCUGCCUACUGGGCGCUGCGGUUCAAGGAGCAGGUGUACAGCGCCCAGCACCACCGCGCCUGCCGCCUGUUGCUGGCGGCCAAGGCCCAGGUCAACGCCCGCGACGAAGACUUCAAGGCGCCGCUGCACAAGGCGGCCUGGAACUGCGACGAGGACGCCCUCCGGCUGCUGCUGGAGGCGGGCGCCGAGGCCAACCUGCUGGAUGUCAAGGGCUGCGCUGCUAUCCAGUACGUGCUCAAGGUGACCCCGGUGCGCCCCACAGCGCGGCCCGACCGCUGCUACCAGUUGCUGCUCAACCACGGCGCCGCGCGCAUCUACCCGCCCCAGUUCCACAAGGUGUUGGAGUCCUGUCAUGCCUGUCCUCUAGCGGUUGAGGUAGUUGUCAAUGCCUAUGAGCACAUCGUGUGGACGCCCAAGUGGAAGAAGGCAAUCCCCGAGGGGAGCCUGGAGAGACACUGGGACUUCUACCACUCUCUAUUCACCAUCUGCAGCAACACCCCGAGGUCCCUCAUGCACCUAUCCAGAUGUGCUGUGCGGAGGAUCCUGCUCAGCAGAUGCCACAAGGUCAUUCCGCUCCUGUCCUUGCCUUUGCCUUUGAAGAACUACCUGCUUCUGGAGCCGGAGGGGAUUGUGUACUGAGCCUCCCUCAGCAGCUCCUGAGCCCGGGGAGUGCAUGCUGGGAGGUCCAGGCCCAGGCUGGGAGGCUGUCCCCUGGCUGAGGGUUAUGUUGGGAGAGGAGGCCAGUUUGGGUUCAGUCAGGACGGGCUGGGCUCCCCCUUGGAGCCCACCCGCUGGUUGGGCCUGUCAGAGUGGACACUCCUUCCCCGGUGGGUUGGACCAGAGGGCUGCUGAGGCCCCUAUGGUUUCUCGGAUUCUGUCUCUGGAGAGCAGUGGUUUGAAUAAAUAGCAUGGUACU